AUGGAGCGCGGGGAACUGUGCUUCCCGCAGGCGGCCAACCUCUCCUGCCGGAAGCCCCCGCCGGGUUGGUCUCAAGGCGUCCCGGGGAGUCUGGCGCUCUACUUGACCUGCGCGCUGACCGUGCUGCUCAACCUGCUGCUCAUCACCUCCAUCUCGCACUUCAGGCAGCUGCGCACCCCCACCAACCUGCUGCUGCUGUCGCUGGCCGUCUGCGACCUCCUGGUGGGCCUGCUGGUGUGGCCCGGCGAGAUCCGUCUGAAGGCGGGCUGCUGGCCGCACGGCGCCGCCGCCUGCGCCCUGUACAACCUGCUGUCCUUCGCGGUGACCUCGGCCUCGGUGGGCAACAUGGUGCUGCUGUCGGCCGACCGCUACGCCGCCGUCUGCCGCCCUCUGCGUUAUCGGCUGCACGUGACGGCGCGGCGAAUUCGACUGUGCGUGUGUUUGUGCUGGUUGUGCUCUCUGCUCCUGAGUAGCGUCCUGACCGCGGAGCGCCCGGCGCGCCCCGGCGAGCGCGCCCCCUGCUACGGCGAGUGCGCCAUUCGCAUGGGCCGCGCGGCCUCCGUCUCGGACCUGCUGCUGACGUUCGUCCUCCCCCUGGGCGUCAUGGCGGCGCUGCACGGCAGGGUGUUUGCGGCGGCCGCCGCGCAGGCGCGAGCCCUGCGCUCCCGCGUCGCCGGCGGCCGGCGCUCCCUGCCGACCGGAGCGAAGAAGUCGGAGCUGAAGGCGGCCCGAACGCUGGGGAUCCUGGUGCUGGUCUUCCUGGCGUGCUUCUGCCCGUACUACUGCGUGACGCUGGCUGCCGGCGACUGGCCCGGCGCCUCGCUGGCGCUGGACGUGUACUACCUCAACUCGUGCUUGAACCCCUUGAUCUACGCCCGCUUCUACCCGUGGUUUCGGAGAGCCGUCAAGCACGUCGUCACUCUGCGCGUCCUGCGGCCGGGCUCCCGGAGGGCCCGCCUGCUGUAGGGCGGCGGCGGGGCGGGC